UUUAAAUCACGCUGUUUUACCCGUCAUGGAGGCAAAAUCCGCCUCUGUGAGAGAAAAGGAAAGUAGCAGUGACAAACUGUAAACGAUAGAAGGCGAAGAAAAGAAGGGAAGGAGAAAGAAAAGCAGCACUCCCUCGUCUGUUCGCUUUUCUCACUUACUUCCUCACCUCCCCCUGUUUCUCUCUCUCCCUCACACACACUCUCUCUCUCUCUCCUUCCCUGCCCUUCACUCACUCUCUCUCUCUCUCUCUCUGUCUCUCCGUCGUUCACUUAAAGAAGAAGAAGAAAAAAAACAUGAAGGAGAAGGAAGGACACUUGGCCGGGCGCGUCGGAGUCGAGUGAAAGUUUGUCGAAGGAUAGAGGAAGCAGGAGGACGUGGACGGGGAAGGAAAGGCUCGAUUCAACACGCGAAUGAAGCGAUCAUUUGGAGUGGUGAACUGUAACCGACUGUAACAGACUGUAACGAAGCUUCGCCUGCUCGUUAAUGUGUGACUCGGAGCUGAGCGACUUUCGCACACUUUCUUUUUCUUCUUCCCCCACUCAAGCUCGUGCGGUCAUCACCGGAGUCGGAAACUCGCGUCAGGUUCGCUCUUAGAAGUGUGUGGAGGAGUGUGACAGUAGUGUGGAUCCUGAUCUCAUCUCAUCUGAUCUGAUCUGAGGAAGACGAGAGGACAGGCUGUUGUUGCAGCCAUGGCCGGGGCGAAACCGGGAGUGCACGCGCUCCAGCUCAAACCGGUCUCCGUGCACGAAACCCUGAAAGCGGGAAGCAAGUUCGUCAAAUGGGACGAGGAGCCCAACAGCGGCCAGCCCACUCUGGUCACCCUGAAAGUGGACCCUUAUGGAUUCUUUCUGUACUGGUCCAGUGGAUCAAGCAAUGAGGUCGAGAUUGUGGACAUCAGCCAUAUCAGAGACACCAGAACAGGGAAGUUUGCCAAGAUGCCAAAGGACCAACGCGUGCGUGAUUGGCUGGGCUUUGGUAAAGGAGAGAGCAAUGUGGAGGCUAAGCUAAUAACAGUCAUCUACGGCAACGACCUGGUCAACAUCUCCUUCCUUAACUUCCAGGCCAUGGCGGAGGACACUGCCAAGGUGUGGACUGAAGAGCUGUUUAAACUUGCCACAAACAUACUGUCCCAAAACGCCUCACGCAACACCUUCUUACUCAAGGCAUACACCAAGCUCAUACUGCAGGUCACCCAAGAUGGGAAAAUCCCACUAAAGAAUAUUCUGAAGAUGUUUUCUGACAAGAGGCGAGCGGAGACAGCGCUGGAACAGUGCAACAUCAUGAAUAACAAGGCAGAUGGGAUCAAGCUGGAGGAUUUCACCUGGGAAAAGUUCCAGACCUUCCUGAACAAGCUGUGCCUGAGGCCCGAGAUCGAGCGCAUCAUCCUGGAUCUUGGCUCUAAAGCGAAGCCCUUUCUAUCCCUGGAUCAGAUGUUGGACUUCAUCAACCGCAAGCAAAGGGACUCGCGGUUGAACGAGGUGCUCUACCCCCCCCUGAAGCGAGAGCAGGUACGACAGCUCAUGGAAAAAUACGAGAGUAACCUCCACCAGCUGGAACGAGACCAGAUCUCUCUAAUGACUUUCAAUAAGUAUCUGGGAGGAGAGGAAAACGCAGUGGUACCCCCUGAAAGGUUCGACAUCAUGGACGAUAUGAACCAGUCGCUGUCUCAUUAUUUUAUCAACUCUUCACACAACACCUACCUCACAGUGGGUCAGUUAACAGGUCUGUCCUCAGUGGAGAUGUACAGACAGGUUUUGCUCACCGGUUGCCGCUGUAUUGAGUUGGACUGCUGGAAAGGUCGUCCACCUGAUGAAGAGCCCAUUAUCACACACGGCUUCACCAUGACAACCGAAAUCCCCUUCAAGGAGGUGAUUGAAGCCAUUGCUGAGAGUGCCUUUAAGACCUCUCAAUACCCCGUCAUCCUCUCUUUCGAGAAUCAUGUCGACUCCGCACGGCAGCAGGCUAAGAUGGCGGAAUACUGUCGCUCCAUAUUCGGUGAUGCCUUGCUCAUUGAACCUUUAGAGAAAUACCCGCUGACCCAAGGUCAGCUGUUGCCCAGUCCUCAGGAGCUGAUGGGGAAAAUCCUGGUAAAGAACAAGAAGAAGCAUCACCACCACGCAACUAACGGAGGCAGCGUCAGACGUAAGGAGGGAGCGGACGAGCAGGCCUCGUCUCUCAACGAUUUGUGUUUAGAUGCUCCAAUGCCUGAAGGGGAGACAAGCCAGAACAUGUCCAAUGGGGGCGAGAAGCUUGCAGAGAGGAUGAGCAAAGACAGUGACAUGCGGAAGUCUUUUGAUCGGGGAGAUGGAGAUAGUGAAGAAGAGGAGGAGGAAGAGCCAGUGACUGACCCUAAAAAGCACCAUUCGGAUGAGGGAACAGCAUACAGUGAAGUCAAUGCUACUGAAGAGAUGUCUACGCUGGUCAACUACAUUGAACCGGUCAAAUUCAAAUCCUUUGACUCGGCAGCCAAAAGGAACAGGUAUUAUGAAAUGUCAUCCUUUGUGGAGACCAAAGGCAUGGACAUACUCAAGAAUUCCCCCAUCGAAUUUGUGGAAUACAAUAAGAAGCAGUUGAGUCGGAUCUAUCCCAAAGGUACUCGCGUGGAUUCCAGUAACUACAUGCCUCAGCUCUUCUGGAAUGUAGGCUGCCAGAUGGUGGCGCUAAACUUCCAGACUCUUGAUCUGCCCAUGCAGCUAAACAUGGGUGUGUUCGAGUAUAACGGCCACAGCGGCUACCUGCUCAAGCCUGAGUUCAUGAGGCGCACAGACAAGCACUUUGACCCCUUCACUGAGAACAUAGUGGACGGCAUUGUGGCGAACACUGUCAAGAUCAAGAUUGUUUCGGGUCAGUUUCUGACUGAUAAGAAGGUGGGAGUGUAUGUUGAGGUGGACAUGUUUGGACUGCCUACUGACACCAAGAGGAAGUACCGCACCAAAACCUCUAAUAACAAUUCAAUGGACCCCGUCUGGGAGGAAGAGCCUUUCGUCUUUCUUAAGGUGGUGUUGCCCACACUAGCAUCACUAAGAGUAGCUGUGUUUGAAGAGAACGGGAAGUUCAUAGGCCAUCGGAUAUUACCUGUAGUGGCUUUACGUCCAGGAUACCAUUACAUUAAUCUGAAGAAUGAGCUCAAUCAGCCCCUCCUGCUUGCCUCUCUCUUUGUAUACACUGAAGUUCAGGACUACAUUCCAAAUGAGCACCAAGAGUAUGCUGAGGCUCUGACCAAUCCAAUCAAGCACGUGUUGGAUCAGAGAGAGAGGCAGCUGGCUGUGUUCAUGGAGGACAACAAUGAGGUCAGUAAGCGGGUCAAUGAAAAGCCAGAUGAGAAACCAGAUUUUGCCCCUAUGCCUACUCCUAUGUACCAGUUCCCUUUGCCCUCGCCGCCCCUCCCACCUGCAGUGGCCGAGGUAUUGACUGCUCCAGCCCAGAAAGAAGACCUGAUCCUCAAUAUAUUAACAGUGAUCGAGCCCCAGUCUAUUGAAGAACUGAAGCAGAACAAGUCCUAUGUGAAGUUGUUGAAGAAACAGUGCAAAGAACUGAAGGAGCUUCGCAAGAAGCAUCUUAAGAAGGUGUGGACCCUCACUAAGGAGCAGAAGUCGAGGGCUAACCAGCAGAACUCGGACAUCCAGAAACGCAAGAAUCAAGCGGAGAAAAAGCUGCGGCUCAGCGUUAAGAAAAAUGAGCCUGAGGAGCCUGUGAGGACUGAGCUGGAUCAGUUGAAGAAGGAGCUGGAGAAGCAGACAGUGCAGCUAAGAGAGUGGCAGAUGCAGGAGCUACUUGAUCUGCGAAAGAAACAACACCAACUGGAAAGAGAAAAGAAGUAUGCUCAUCUUGAAGAGUCCUUUAAGAAACUAAAAGUAGUUGCUGAGGAAUGCCAGAUAGCCCAGAUCAAGAAACUCAAGGAGAUAUGUGACAAAGAGAAGAAGGAGUUGCAGAAGAUUUUAGACAGAAAAAGGCAGAACAGCAUCAUAGAAGCCAAAAAGGGGGAUAAAGAGAAGGCUGAGUCGGAAGUGAACGAGAUAAAUAAAAAACAUAUCCAGGACUCGGUGAAUUCACUGCGAAAGUUGGAUGAAACUCAGGAGAAACGUCAGGAGAAGCUGAAGAACCAGCAGAAAGAAAUCUUACAGAAAAUCGAAGAGGAGCAACCACUGCAACGGCUGCGUUUGGAGCGCGACUGCGACGCCGAGCUGGAGCGCUUACCCGAGGAGAUCUGCCGCUACCUACAGGGUGAGCUAGAGAGCAAAGGCUUACGCAGCGACGCCCUGUUCAGCCAAGACAGCGCCGGCUCGGGUCCACCCUCCAACUGUAGCACUCCUUCUUUCAACUCGCCCAAUCACAACUCAAGCAUGGACAACAGCAUGGCCUCGCUGGGCAACUCUUCAUCCUCCAGCACCAUCACGUCCGAAUCGGAGCUCACGACCAUCUAAUUCCUACCUUAUCACCCUGUCCUGUCACGCCAUUUUUCUCACUGGAUCAUGGUGAUAGGAGUAGUGUUACUGUUUAAAUGCUUUUAAAGGAUCUUUUAAUUUUUUUCACAUGCCCCUUUUAAAGUCUGCAUUUUUAUUUUUCCUCAAAGUUCUCUUGGAUUGUUCUCUUACUUUAACCAUAAGAUAUAUAUACUCAUGUCUGUGUUAAGCACUUGUGGAAUGGAGGGAUUGUUUUUUUUUUAUUUUUUAAACAAGAGAGACUCUUUAUUUAUUUCUGUGGUAUGAUAUGAGGGAGUUGGGAGCGUUAACUGUAGUGCUCUGCAUUGUCCAGCAGGUGGCAGUGUAGCUUUAGUGGUGUAGAGAGAGUUUAGCGACUGGGCGAUACGAACGCAAGGCGUAAUCUGAAUGGUACUUGUUUACAUAAUAAUGCACAGAUGGGCAAUCCUAUAAGCCAGACCAUCAUCUCUCCUCCCUACGGGGCUAUAAAGUUAAUUCCCACUGCAUAUUUCUGCAGCAUCCGAAACACAUCAGCGUAAUUGAUAUUGUGUGUGUGUGUGUGUGUGUGUGUGUGGAGCAAGAAAAAGAUUAUAGAUGUGAUGAAUAUUGUUUUUUGUCUUCCCAAUAAUGCACAGUUCCCCCUCCUCCUAUCCCCCAUCUCUCCCUCAUCAUCCUUUCUUCCCCCAUCAAUCCAUAUAUAUGUCUCUCUUCUUUCCUACAGCCCUGGUUGUGUGGUGUGGCUUAAUCUUAAUCCCUGCUCUAAUUCUGUGUGUAAUUGGUGUGUCAAUCCCAUGCACUGCACUUCCAAAACCACUACUGUUCAGGAAACUGGAUAUGGUUUCUGUACAUGGUUUUCAUGUCAACUGUUCACACCCUGGAUGUGCUAAAUCCUGUCGCUCUGGUUACUAGAAUGUGAAACUGUAAGAGUGUGUGGUAUCAGGGGUCAGGUGUAGCCAGAACGAUCGCCAUACUCACACGUGCAGAAUGUGUGUACACUUUUAUAAGGUUUAGCUCAUUUUAUUUUCAAAAUUGUAAGGCAUUUGUCUUUGCGGUUGAGUCUCAGAUGUGGAUGUCGGAUUUUUAGUUCAUCUUCAUGAUGCUUUCUUCUUCUUGCCAGCAAUUCAAGGAAACUCCAGAGGUCACAUUUCCUCAUUUGUGCCUGUAAACAAGGCCACUGGAUCGGUCAAAUGACUUAUCAGUAUAACACUUUUUUUUUCUUUUUUUUUUAGAUGGAGAUGGGCGGUUUGUCGUAAAGGGAAAAAAUAAAUCAGUAGGCUACAGAAUCCCAAAAGAAAAUAUAGAAGCUUCAACACAGAUAUGUUUUAGAAAACGCCGGGAUACAUCAAUCUGACAUGGGGCUGAUAUUAGCACGAGCCUAUGGAUUAGUAUUGAAUGGGAUUUGACAUGCUUCCCAUUCUGUUCCGCUUGCAUUUAUUUUGUGCUCCACCGUGCCCUGCUGUGUUUCACAUCACAUUGCAGCAGAUGUAAUUUUUUCCAGCAAGUCAGCUCGGUUACUUAGAGCAUGCUAAUGUCAGAUUGGUUCAGAAUUGAUAUGAAAAUGGGAAAUGGGGGAGGUGCGUCUUAAAAGAAGGAAAGAAAGAAAGAAACUUUGCAAAUGAUAGGAAAACCAAAAAUGUCUCAUGCUUUA